UUCUGCCGUCUCCCCGGUUUUGUUUGGGGGCAAAGAGUUUCCAUUGAGCGAGCAAAAUGAGUGCAAUUUAGCGUCCAGUGUGUGGAAGACGAGCCGCAUACCGCUUCAUUCAUCGGCAGAGGGAGGAGAAGUAGCGGGGCGCGCAUACACCGGCUGCCGCAGAGACAGGGCUACAGCCAGCAGCGGGGUUUCCCCAUCCCUCCAUGGCGGGGGUGCUGUGUCCUGAGGAGGACAGAUCCAGCCGAGCAGCCGUAAGGAUGCUUCCUCCGCAGCCGUGCCCAGAUGAGAGCGGCGGAUACAGGCGGAUGUCUGGACCAACGCUGUCACAGGUACAGGAGGAGCCGGCAGUCGAGCCCCCGCAGCCGCCGCUAGCCGCCUCCUCAGCGGAGGAUGAUGUUCGGAAGCGGGGCUACCUGCGGAAGCAGAAGCACGGCCACAAGCGCUACUUCGUGCUGCGGAGCCAGAGCCACCUGGGUCCCGCCCGGCUGGAGUACUACGACAACGAGAAGAAGUUCCGGAGCGGCCAGCGGAGCGGCUGCCACCCCAAGAGAGUCAUCCCACUCUACCUCUGCUUCACCGCCAGCCGCCGGGCGGAUGCCAAGAACAAGCACCUGGUGGCUCUCUAUACCAAGGACGAGUACUUCGCCAUGGCGGCGGAGAGCGAGCAGGAGCAGGACGCCUGGUACCAGGCCCUCAGCGAGCUCAUCAAUGAGAGCAAGGGCGCCUGCCUGGACACCGAGGAGCUGGAGGAGAAUUACGGCACCCUCAGGCCGGGCACUGUCUUCAAAGAGGUGUGGCAGGUCAAUGUGAAGCCCAGGGGGCUGGGGCAGGCCAAGAAUCUGUCCGGGGUCUAUCGGCUGUGCCUGUCCAGUAAGGCGGUGCAUCUGGUCAAGCUCAACUCCGAUGUAGCCUGCGUCCAUCUGCUGCUCAUGAACAUCCGCCGGUGCGGCCAUUCCGAGAACUACUUCUUCAUUGAGGUCGGCCGUUCCUCCUCAACCGGGGCAGGGGAGCUGUGGAUGCAGGUGGAUGACUGUGUAGUGGCGCAGCACAUGCAUGAGACUUUCCUAGAGACCAUGAAGGCUCUCAAGGCCUAUUCCGAAUUCAGGCCCAGGAGUAAGAGCCAGUCCUCCGGUACUAAUCCCAUCUCUUUCAUCACCACCAGAAGGUACUUGGGCAACCUGCCUCCCAGCCAGACAGGGCUGCAAAGAAGAUCCAGGACUGAGAGUGUGGUGGGAACACCCCCAUCUGCUAAGAAUAAUUCUUUUCGUUUUAGAACCUCCAGCGAAGGAGAGGGUACAAUGACCAGACCUUUCAGGUCAGUGACUGGGAGCCUGAGCCAUUUAAAUACUGCGCGGAUUAACCUGGGGAAGCAAGAAGGCGCUGGGAGGUAUGUCAGAGCACCUUUCAAUUCUGGGUACCACUCCAGGUCUGCAUCAUUACCCGUGUCUCAUUUUCCAUCUGCUACCAGUCCUAUAAGUGUGUGUUCUAGCAGCGGACAUGGGUCUGCAUCUGAAACUUUGACCAGACCAUCUAGUUCCUCUGUUUGUGGGUCCCCUAGUGAUGGUGGGUUCAUUUCCUCUGAUGAGUAUGGUUCAAGCCCUGGUGACCUGAGGUAUUUCCGUGUUAGAAGUAAUACUCCAGAUUCCUUGGGCAAUACACCCCCUAUACAGGAGGAAAACACAUUAAGUGACUACAUGUCAAUGAGCACACACAGCCACCCAGAUUCUAAGGAUGAUUAUAUGGAAGCUGAUAAAUGUUUUAGGAAAAGGACAUACUCUCUAACUAAACCUACAAAGUCUGCAUCACAGCAGAAGUCCCAGGCUGCCAUUUCUUUGGACGAGGACUCAGAAGAGAUUAACAAACAGUUUGCCUAUGCUGAAUCACCAAAGCUGAAAGACAGUAGCCAUGUAGAGGAUUAUAGUAAUGGUAUAAUUGAUUCUGUUUGUAACCACAGCAGAAGUAAAGCCAGUGAUGAUGGCUACAUGCCAAUGAUGCCUUCUAAUUCAUAUGAUAGUGACUACUUGCCCAUGGCCCCAAAAACUGUGUCUGCACCAAAACAAAUUAAUAGGUGUCCCUCUCAGGGGGAUUCAAAAGGGUAUAUGAUGAUGUUUCCAAUUAAUAGUUCACCUGUCAAAAAUGUAUUUGGAGGGGCUGCUACUAAAAGUAACAUUGAAAAACUGAGUAAUGGAGGCUACAUGGACAUGUCAUAUGGGAAUUCCAUAAAGCAGAUUAAUGACUCUAAUGUAACAAAUAAUAAUAAUUCUAGGGGAUUGAGUUCCUACUUUUCACUGCCUAGGAGCUUUAAAAACUUGACUAAGCAGAACAUUGAUCACAAUGAAUAUGUUCCAAUGUCUUCACCUGGAAAGCUGCUACAUUUGGGUGCAGAAAAUGGAGUGGGUGUUUGUAAGGAAGGAGCAGUUAAUGAUAUAGCUAAGACUGAAUUAAAAUCCUCCGGUAACAUACUAGAUCAGCAAGUUAAAAGGCCUACUAAACUUACUCUAGGCAUCAGAGGAAGUAAUACCAUACCAAGAAUGUUUGAUCACUCUGCCCCAGCUGAACCUACUAGUCCUGGAGAGUAUAUAAACAUUGACUUCAGUGAUAAAGCAAGUAGUACCCCAUAUUCCCUAUCUGCUGAAGGGUCACCUUCCUCUUUGGGGUCAAGCUGUGAUCAUCGGCAGUCCCCAUUAUCUGACUACAUGAGUGUGGAUAUUGAUGUACAGUCUCCAAAAGCAACAGCGGAACUGUCUAACUCUUUAACGGACAUUUCAUCAUAUGCAUGCACUGUUGUCUCUAGAAUGCAGCCAAAUGCUGAUUAUGCCAAGCUUCCCUGCGGUACAGCUUGUGUCAGCAAAACGGACAACAGGAUUGAUGAUUACACCACAAUGACUUUUAACAUGGCGAUGACCCCACCAAGAUCAUUUGCCAGUGAAACAGAAAAUGGUACAAAAGUGGACAGUCCCUCAUCAAUUGUGAAUCGGUUGUGUAUUGGGGAUAUGACCUCUCUUAACAGUGGAUUUUCUUUACCAAAUCCUUUGCCUGAACCUAUAGCUGGACCUAAAGUUAUCCGUGCAGACCAACAGGGAAGGCGGAGGCACAGUUCUGAAACUUUCUCCUCUGCCAGCACGGUGACCACUUCCUCAUCUUGCUUUACUGAAAGUGGCAAAAGGCACAGCUCGGCCUCAUUUGACAAUGUCUGGCUUAAGCCUGAUGAAAACAGUUGUGAGCAAGAUAAUAAAAUGUCAAGAAAUUGCUCCACAGGGUUUCAGAAUGGGUUAAAUUACAUAGCUUUGAGUAUGCAUGAUGGUGUUUGUGAACCAGCAUCAACAGCUUGCCAUCAGCACCAAAACGGAAGUAGAAAUCUGGAAAGUGGGGGUUACGUCAGCAUUGACUUCACAAGGUCUGACUGUCUGAAGUGUCCCUCUUCUAGAAAAGACUGAGUGCAUUACCAUGGAAACCAUACAGAAGAAAGUGUCACCCCAGCCUUUCCGCUGGAAACCAGACGACUCGGAAGAAACGCAGGGAUAGAAUGCGUGAAGUUGUGCUGAAUUGGAAAUGGAUACCCGCUUUCCCACACAGACUAACUGUACAGCCAUUCAAAGCUUAUUUUAAUGUGUUGGCAAAGGAAGCUUAUUUUUUUCUUUCAGCAUAAUUAUUUUUAUGAGAAAUUCUCAUUGCACGUCUUACAGUUUGUAUAUGAGAUCUUGCUGUGCUUCUUAUAGCAGUUCUGACUUUUAAAAUGGGCAGGAAUGGGACAUGGAAUCCAUUUUAUAGCUCAGUUCCACUCAUUGAAUCUUUUAAAAUGGUGCCCACUUUGCUACCUGGGUGGAUAAAAUCUGGGUUCUAAAGGGUUCACUUACAGAACAGUAUCUGUCAGCUUGUUAAUGAUCUAUAUAUUAGUUCUACUUUUCUGGUACAGAAGAAAAUAUUAAAUAUGUAAAGUUAAGAAAUAUUUUGAAAAUUUUAAUUUUUUUUAAAGUCAAAGUAUAUGUAUUUUACUUGAUCUAUAUUAUGGAAAUAUGCCUCAGAGAAUGAACAAAGAUGCAUUUUUCUAUGGUACGUGACUUGGAAUAAUAUCACAGAGCUUCUGUUUGUGUGAGCCCCACUCAUUUUCUUCUCUAAGUUAUUCCCAUACCUACAACCCCCUCUUCGUCAUUUAUUUUUUCUACGAGUUUCCAGUUUUGCAACUUCCUAUGAGCCCCCCCUAACGCCUGCGAUUUACUGCAAACUACAGAGUACAGUAUUAAUUGAACCGUGUAGGCCCCGGUGUAUACAAUCUGAAAAAACAAAAACGGACGGAAGGUACGUUCUAACUGUUGAUCCGCGACUUUAACAUAAUGUAGCAUCACAUCUAACUGUUCUGAAAGGAAAUGAAUUUGAAUUGUGCGGCGUUGCCAUUUGCACGCAUAUUGAUGGCGAACGAGGAACAGAGUCCUGGCAGCAAUGUUUUUAUGUGAAUUACAAGAAUCAUUUAAGGUGCUAAAUAAGUGGGUGUUACAGGUGUUUUUUUUUCUUUUUUUUUGGUUAAGGCCCUACACUGAGAAGAACUAUGUCGCUGCAUGAUCUUGGUGGUUAGUGAUUAAUGUUUGCUAAUGUUGUUUUAAUGUGUAUUAUCUACAUCAUUAAAUCCAGUCCUGCUUCUCCCAUGUGAAAGCCUAAUGCUGUCACUGUGAAACCAGGAGUAUGCUCUGGCUAUACCCCUUUCAGGCCAGUAUGGAGUCAUUCUGACAGUUUUACCACUACACAAAGGAAUACUAAUAUGGGAGAGACACUUAGCUAGGACUGAUCUCGCUGGGGACCAUCGGUAGGAAAUAAUCAAUAUAAUUUGUCUUACUUGCUGUGAUUUAGGGUGAAAGCGACUGAUGUGAAUUGAAUCCCAGGUUAAGUUACUGAUGGCAGGUAAUGCCCUUCCCUACUAAGCAACUCGCAGUACAACGAUGGGUGAUUUCAUUCUGUUCGUUAGAAGACAAACCCACCGCACCCUUCCACUUCAUCAGCAUUUAAACUUCAGUAUGUUAGCGGUAUUUUUGUAAACGUUUAAGCGAGCACUUAAAGGCUCCAUUUAGAUUUGUGAUCAAUAGAUUCAGAUUGUACAUAUAUGUGAAAAUUUAAAGAACUGCUUUAUGUACCAAAAAAGAAAAAAAAACAACCUUAUUCAGAAUGUGGAUGAGUUCUAAACAGAAUAUACAAUUUUAUUUUCCAUUAGCCAACUGGCGGUCAGUUCUUUGGAACACCUCUCUGGCUUGCUGUAGGUUAUCUACAAUUCCGUCUUCGCUUACUCACAAAAGUUGUUUUUUUAAUGGAAUUGAACAGUUGUCUUAAUGCCCCGGCCCCAAAAUUCCCUCCCCCCUUCUCUCUUGUGAUCUAGCAGCUGCCAGUUCAGAUCUUAACAACCUCAACCUUAGAUUUAUGUGAGUGUGUUAAAACAGGUACAGCAUAAAAUAUGCAAUCUCUUUAGUUUACAAACAAAAUAAAACUAAUUUAUUCAGUAUUGUGCUGGAAUAUAACUUUGGAGUAUGUAAGCAUAUCACUAGAUAUUAUCUUCCAGCUGCCAGUUUAUGCUGCUGUAUAGUUUAAAAUUUACCAAUGAUGGAAGAAAUGUUUUGUCCUGUAAAUUUAAUUUCAUAUUUGGAAGUUAUUUUGUCUGUACAAAUGAAUUAAAGACAUGGUUGGUACUGUUA